AUGAGCGAGCGAAGAGCAAAUUUUCCUUGUCGGCAACUGAAUAGCGAGAAAAUCAAAGGAGCUGCUUUGUGUUAUUUAAGUCCAAUAGUUGUCGACAAAUGUAGUGUAGUGACUUGUAAGUGUAAAUGCAAUAUGGAUGAAGGCCUGCAGAAAGCAUGGAAUGAGGUGUGUAGGACGCGAGACGCUUGCGACAAGGCGUUGCAAGGUUUGUAUUCAAAAUGAAUUGAAAUGUCAAUUAUGAAUCCUUAUUACGAAUCGAUCGGUUGAAUAAGGAAACCUGAUUUCGAUAUCAUUUUUUGCAGGAGUACAAAGUGUGGCCUUUUUCUUCAGUUCUAUCGGAACACAAGGGCCAAAAACAACGCCGAAGAAAAAUCAAAAAACCCUAGAGGAUAACGGAGAGGAAAGCGAUAGCGAGCAUUUCACCACUCAACUUUCAAGUUAUUCGAGCCAAAGCUGGAUUUCCAGCCACCCAGCUUUGGUUAACAAAAAGCUUCUGCCCACCAUAAAUUAUUGGAUUGCGCUGAAUACACCAAAUGGAGCGCCAGCAAAUCCCAUUUGUAUUCACCGCGCCUUGCUUGAAUGUGGCGUUCAUGCAAUCGCAAACACAGUACGUUUUCCCUUCGUGUAUCAUAAAUUAAUCAUUUUUACAAACGUGCGGAUCUUUUAAAAACGAGAACAACAACUUUACGUUAUUUCAAAAUCAGUGUUUUUAUAGCAUUUGUCCUAGAGUUUUGUUGUACAAACAUUUAAGAUAAAACAACAUUCGAUAAGUGUUUUCAAGGGUUUCUGUUUUCCUCACAAGUUGGUGAUUAUAGGAGUUUUACAGGGAAUACUUCUAGGGUUGUUCAUUUAUAGGAUUUUAUUUCAGUAUAAUUGUAUCCCUGCUGGAUGCAAAAUAUGUGUAGCCCCGCCCUAGUCUUAACUAUUACUAACAGUCUGCAGAAUAGUUAACAUACUGUCUUUUUACGGUUAGUCUUUGCAGUAUAUAUCAAGGUAAAUUAUUCACAAGGUUCUGAAUGAAAUUGUUUUCUCAUACUUGGCUCCUCAUCAUGUCAAAGUAUUUUGUUAUAGCAAAAUAAAGCGUUGUAUAGCCUUAACUUUGUUUUUGUUUCUAUUUUGCUUCACUCAAGCAAACUUUCUAUUUCUUUUUUUCAAAAUAAGGUUCCCUGUCGACAAGGCAAAGAAUCUCUUGCGCUGAAGGAGCUAUUCAAAGUAUUAAAGGAUUACAACAGCAAGUUCAUGCAGGACUUAGUAACAGCUUCCUACCAGCAGUGUUUUCUGACUGUGGCAGAGGGGUUUUUGAGCGAUUCUGAAUCAAUGGAUGUGGAAGAAUGUGGAACGGAAAACGUAGUCAGCGUUCGCGUCAUCCAAUCCUCGUUUAAGUCUAUUGUUUCUGAAGCAAUAGAUAAAAUGAUGGGAGCGAAGUUA